GAUGAGCUGAUCGGCGAUCAAUCGAUCGGCGAUCACGAUCGGAGCUCGUUUUCGAGAUCGGGGAUCGAGGAUCGCCAAUCUCUAAAAUAAAUGAGAGCGAGAUUGAGAUCGAGAUCGGAAAUAUAUAGAAAAAUUCGAUUCGAUCAAUCCAAACGUCAUCUUUUAAUAAAAUUCAAAACUUUAUUUAUGCAAUUAAAAAGACAAUAGAUAAUGGAAGAAGAAGAACAUGUGGGUGAAGACAUAGAUUUAGUGGAUAGUGACGGCAAGGUAAACCAGUAUAAUGACAGUGAAGCUGUAGUUAGUAACAAUACCGAAGAAGCUGGUGCUAAGGAUAUUAGUUUUUCUUACCUUCCACCAACAUUUUUCCAGUGGAAAUAUGAUGGAAAGGGUAAGGAUGGAAAAUUCAAACUUCGAAAAGUGAAAUGUUUGAUUGAUGGAUGUUCAAAACACAUCUCUGUGUCAGCCACUUCACGUGGCAAUGUGAAGCGUCAUGUUAAGCUUUGUCACCAAGAAAAAUUGAAUGAGUACAUACGCCUCAUUACUGAUCAACCAGGCAAGAAUAAGAAGGAAAAAUCCAUAAUUGCAGUUAAGGAAAGAGUUCAAAUGAAACAGCAGAAGCUGAAGUUUCGUGUUUCAAAAAUUACAACACAACGAGAAUUUGAUAAUUCCAUAAUCAAAUACAUUGUUGAUGAUAUCUUGCCACUGCAUACGACAGAAAAACGUGGAUUUUGGUCUUUCAUGCAAAAAUUAGCGCCUGAAUUUACCAUAAAGAGCAGGUUUUUUUACAAGAAUCUCUUGACCAUGCAAUAUCAAGCCAGGAAAGAAGAACUGAUUGCUGCAUUGCAAAAUGCUACAUGGGUGUGUACCACCACAGAUUGCUGGUGUAGCUACCGCAAGAAUUUUAUUGGAAAGACGGUUCACUGGUACGACAAUAAGCUUCAGCGACACAAGGCAUGCUUGGCAGUGAGGCGACUGGUCGGAAAGGUGGACUAUAUCUUACUUGCCCAUAAAUUGGAUGACAUCUACACUGAAUUUAAAAUUGCUAAGAAGAUCGAGGCCACUGUUACCGACGGAGGAUCAAAUUUUAUGAAAGCGUUCCGGCUGUACUCUACUCCAACGCAAACCCAAGUCAUUAGCGAUGACGAAGAAAGUAAAGAUGAUGAAGAUCCUGACAUGAUUCUCCCAACGCAAGACAUUACGGGUGGAACUUGUUUUGAUAUUGGCGACUCAUCGAAAGAGUAUCAUCCAAUUCCCGUGUGGAACAUUUUUGAGCAAGCUGGGUCUUGUAAUACAGAUGGAACCGAUGAUGAGGUUUCCUUGGAUGCCAUGGAAAGUAGCUAUAGUCUUCCAAUACAUCGUCAAUGUGCUGCUCAUCUUUUAAACCUUAUGGCAACCGCUGAUUUGGAGAAGAAGAUCGUAAAUAAGACUUAUAAGAGGCUGCUCCAUAGCACCGACGGAAAAGUCCAAGCGGCAUGUAACAAGCAAGGGUACAGUGCAAAAAUUCUGACGUUAUCCGAAGCCACAUCGGUAGGCUGUUCGUGACUAAAAACAAAACGA